AUGGCCGCCCCAGUCCUCGAACACCUUUCUAGCACUUCUUCUACAGCCACACCCCAAACCUUCCGCAUUCUCGUCAUAUCUGGCGACCAUGUUGGCCCCGAAGUCAUGGACGAAGCCCUCCGUGUUCUCGACACUGUCGAGAUCGCAUCCCAGGGACGGAUCAAGUUUGAGCUUAACCACCAAAUAGCUGGUGGGUGCAGUAUCGACAAGCACGGCACGCCGAUCACGGACGAAGUAUUGAGAAUUGCCAAGGAGGAAAGUGACGCGGUGUUGUUUGGCAGUGUCGGGGGGCCGAAAUGGGGAACAACCUACCCGAAUCCAGAAUCUGGUCUCCUCCGCCUUCGCCAACACCUCGAUGCAUUUGCCAACAUUCGCCCUUGUGCAUUCUACUCCAGAAGCCUCGUCCACUUGUCACCGCUCAAACCCUCCCUCGCUGCGGGGACCAACUUUAUUGUUCUCCGCGAAAAUACCGGCGGCGCAUAUUUCGGGCCCAAGGUCGAGGAAGCGGACUUCGCCAGUGACUCGUGGGCGUACAGGAGAGAUGAAAUCGAGCGGUGCGCGCGAGUGGCUGCUGCGUUGGCGACCACGAUGGGCAAGGACGGGAAAGGAAACGGCGGUCCGGCCACGGUGUGGUCGAGCGACAAGGCCAACGUUCUCGCCUCGGGACGACUUUGGAGGAAGGUGACUAGCGAGGUCUUCGAGAAGGAGUUUCCGCACAUUGAAUUGAAGCAUCAAUUGGCAGACAGCCUUUCGAUGAUCAUGGUCAAAGACCCCAAGGUGUUCAACGGUGUCAUUCACACAGACAACACCUUUGGCGAUAUGCUGUCUGAUCAAGCCGGUGGCGUGGUCGGCACUUUGGGCGUUUUGCCAAGCGCAAGUCUCUCCGGCAUUCCAGAUGGGAAGACUCGAUGUAACGGCAUUUACGAGCCGGUCCACGGCUCCGCCCCGGAUAUUGCAGGGAGAGGCAUCGUCAACCCUGUGGCCCAGAUCCUCUCCGCAGCAAUGAUGCUGCGGUAUUCUCUCAACCUGACAGCCGAAGCAGCGGCAAUCGAGGCCGCGGUGGAAAAGGUCCUAGACGCCAAGGAUAUCGGCGGUCUUGAGAUCCGAACCGGCGAUCUGGGGGGCACAGCAACGACCAAGGAAGUCGGCGACGCGGUAUGCCGCGUUCUCGAGCAGCUUCUCACGGGUGAUUCGGCUGGUGCGCCAGCUGCGGCAAGUGGGAACGCAGUGCCUGGUGCACCACCCGAAGCCCCGUCCAGCAUAACACACGGGGACGAGAAUAAGAAGUGGGAGGCCAAGCUGGUGCAGGAGAAUGUGACUACGGGGCCCAAGGUCGCGCUGGCUACAUAG